AGAGAAAAUUAAAGGAAACAGAUGCACUGCGCAUGGGCGUGGCUGUUUUCCGACUUCCCGGGUAAAGAUGGCAGAGCGCGGUUACAGCUUUUCGCUGACUACCUUCAGCCCAUCUGGGAAACUUGUCCAGAUUGAAUAUGCUUUGGCAGCUGUAGCUGGAGGGGCCCCUUCAGUAGGAAUUAAAGCUGCAAAUGGUGUAGUAUUAGCAACUGAGAAAAAACAGAAGUCCAUCCUGUAUGACGAAAGGAGUGUACACAAAGUGGAACCAAUUACCAAGCAUAUCGGCUUGGUGUAUAGUGGCAUGGGCCCAGAUUACAGAGUGCUUGUGCACAGAGCUCGGAAACUUGCUCAGCAAUACUAUCUUGUCUACCAAGAACCCAUUCCCACAGCCCAGCUGGUCCAGAGAGUAGCCUCUGUGAUGCAAGAGUAUACCCAGUCGGGUGGUGUUCGUCCAUUUGGUGUUUCUUUACUUAUUUGUGGAUGGAAUGAGGGACGACCAUAUUUAUUUCAGUCAGAUCCAUCUGGAGCCUACUUUGCCUGGAAGGCCACAGCAAUGGGGAAGAACUAUGUGAACGGGAAAACCUUCCUUGAGAAGAGAUAUAAUGAAGACCUAGAACUGGAAGAUGCCAUUCACACAGCCAUCUUAACUCUAAAGGAAAGCUUUGAAGGGCAGAUGACGGAAGACAACAUAGAAGUUGGGGUCUGCAAUGAAGCCGGCUUUAGGAGACUCACCCCAGCUGAAGUGAAGGAUUACCUGGCCGCCAUAGCGUGAUAAAGACGUGCCUGACCAACCCAGAUCUCACACAGUCUAUCUAUCUACUUACACAUGUGUAAAGUACCUUUUGUUUGUGCAGAAUUAUUUCUACAUGUUUAAUGGAGUCACAUUUUUAAAAUAAUAAUCAUAAUAAACUGUCAAAACCAAUUUCUAGCUUUUUCGAGUGAAGUUUGAACAUACUUCUUUCUUACUUUAUCAUAGUUAAUUUUGGAAAUUACAUUGCAAAGUAAAAUGAUAAAAAAUCACUCUAAUUUUCAUAUAUUUUCGUUAUUAGAUUUCACUGCCUCUUUUACUACCAAAUAUGCCUAUGUUUCCAUAAAAGACAGCUCUGGGUUUUAAUAUAUACAUCAUGGCUUUUAGGACUGAGAGAAUCUGUAUACUUUGAUAAAUUCAUGAGACAGGCUGAAUUGUGAUAUGCACUUUUGGGUAUGGAUCAGUGAUGUCCUGGAGUAUUCUGCAGUUGUACUACAGCAGCAUUGGUCUCCUCUCAGAGAUAUGUGAGUGAAUAAACCAUGGUGUGCGAGA